AUGGUUGCCCAAGUCCAAAAGCCUGCUCCCGAAUUCACCCUCCCCGCCGUUGUUGAUGGCGAGUUCAAGGACAUCUCCCUCUCUGACUACAAGGGCAAGUACGUUGUCCUCUUCUGGUACCCCAUGGACUUCACCUUCGUCUGCCCCACCGAAAUCCUUGCUUUCUCUGAUCGCGUCAAGGAGUUCGAGGCUUUGAACACUGCUGUCCUUGCCGCUUCUUGCGACUCUGAAUUCUCUCACUUGGCCUGGAUCAACACUCCCCGCAAGCAAGGUGGUCUUGGUGAAAUGAACAUCCCCAUCCUUGCUGAUAAGACCAAGAAGGUUGCUCGUGACUACGGUGUCUUGCUUGAGGAUGCUGGUGUCACCCUUCGUGGUUUGUUUGUGAUCUCUCCAGAGGGUGUGGUUAGACAAAUCACCAUCAACGAUCUCCCCGUUGGCCGUAACGUUGAUGAGGUCUUGCGUUUGGUUGAGGCUUUCCAAUUCACUGAUGAGCACGGUGAAGUUUGCCCUGCUGGCUGGCAAAAGGGUAGCGCUACCAUCAAGCCCGAUGUCAAGCAAUCCAAGGAAUACUUCGAGAAGGCCAACUAG